CCGCUGCCCCAGCCCUGUGCCACCGCCGGGUCCCCUCGCCGCAGCCCAGCCCGCGCCCCCGGUGCGCCUGCCUCAUUGGCUGAAGGCAUCCCCCCUGAAUUCUCAUAGGCUGUCCCACUUUUCCUCCGCCCCCCGCACGGACCGCGCGCCGCGAGAGCCAGGGAAGCUGCUCUAAGUCCGGGCCUGGGAGCAGUGGCUCGGCUCCGCGCGGCGAGAGGCACGGAGCGUGGGGGCCGGGGGCCGCUGUUCCCACCCGGGGACGCUCUUGCCGAGCCGAGCCCGGCAAAUGGGCGCACGAGGAAGGGAGCAGGGAAAUGGACUGCUAUUUGCGCCGCCUCAAACAGGAGCUGAUGUCCAUGAAGGAAGUGGGUGAUGGCUUGCAGGAUCAGAUGAACUGCAUGAUGGGCGCGCUACAAGAACUGAAGCUCCUGCAGGUGCAGACAGCAUUGGAACAGCUGGAGAUCUCUGGAGGGAGUCCGGCCCCGGCCUGCCCGGAAAGCCCCCACACACAGCCCGAGCCCCCUCGAUGGGAGGGUGCCAGGCCUGCAGCCUGCUUCCCCUCCAGCCAACCGUCUCAUGGCACCAAGUUUCCGUCCCAUAGGAGUGUCUGUGGGCGGGAUCUGGCCCCCCUGCCCAGGGCACAGCUACCAGAGCACCCAAGCAGUGCCCAGCAGGGGCCAGAGCUGGGGGAACCCGAGGACUGGACCUCCACACUGAUGUCCCGGGGCCGGAACCGACAGCCUCUGGUGCUAGGUGACAACGUUUUUGCAGACCUGGUGGGCAACUGGCUAGACUUGCCAGAACUGGAGAAGGGUGGGGAGAAGGGGGCUGCGGGGGAGCCCAAAGGGGAGAGGGGCCAGCCCCGGGAGCUGGGCCGCAGGUUCGCCCUCACAGCAAACAUCUUUAGGAAGUUCUUGCGCAGUGUGCGGCCUGACCGAGACAGGCUGCUGAAGGAGAAGCCAGGCUGGGUCACCCCCACGGUGUCGGAGCCCAGAGCCGCCCGCUCACACAAGGUCAAGAAGCGGAGCCAUUCCAAGGGCUCUGGACAUUUCCCCUUCGCAGGCACUGCAGAGCCCAGAAGUGGGGAAAGUCCUUCCACGAGCUGCCCCAAGGCCCUGGAACCCUCACCUUCUGGCUUUGAUAUUAACACAGCUGUUUGGGUCUGAGUCCUCCAGACAGAAAGUUGACUGAACCCAAGAGGUCCAGGUCCCAGUGCUGGGCCCUGGGAUGGAUGGGGUGUGGGCGCUCUGGCUUUUAAAAGCCCGACUGCGAGUUCCUUUCCUCCAGAAAGGAGGGAGAAGCAGGAAGAGUGUCUGGAGCAGGGCGGACCCGUGUGUGGUUGAGAGAGGCUGCGGUGGGGGCUGGCUGGCGGGGAGGUGACGGCUCCUGGACUGAAAGAGAGACAUUGAGAGAGUGGUGGUCACUUUGGGGCUGCAGGUGACAAUGAGGGGCAGGGAGAGGAGACCAGGCGAUCCUGACAUUCCUUCAGGGCCCCCAAAGACCUCAGUUGAACACUGUAUGGAUUAGGGCACUGGGGUCUCAGGGUCCCCCAAAGAGGCCCCCAAUAAAGACCUUGUCUCUCGUGUCCCCAACCUGAUAACCGCUGGCUUCCCUGGCAAAGCACUACUCCAGCCCCAGGCAUGGAAACCCCAGGCCUCCUGGGAUUGGGAUUAGCCCCACUUCGCACCCCCACUCCCUGUUGCCUUUAAGAUUUCAGCGCAUACGGGGCCUGAGAAAUGGGCCGCCGAAUAAGGAGUGUACCUAUAGGAGUACUUGAGACAGCCCUAUGUCUUUUCAAAAGCACAGGAGAGAUAUUUGUAUAGCACUUUAAAUGUUGGAAAGCCUUUUCAUAUCCAUUAUCUCCUGAGUAAGCAAGUGGGGCAGUUUUUAUCCCCAUCCCCCCGGGUGAGGACGCCAGCCUAGAUACGCCACCUGCGGGCAGGAGGCGGACCAGGGCAGGGCCGGCCGGAAGGGCAGCUGCUGGGCCCUAGGGUCACACGCGCCCCUUCCCCGGGACCCCGCCUCCAGCACCGAACCCGCACCCAGGACACAAGCGUAGGCGCGCGUCCCCCCAGCGAGGCGAAGGUGCGCCCAUUCGAAGCGCGCCCUCAUUUUUAGAUUCCCAGCCUCACCCCGCGGCCUCCCUCCCCUCUGGGCGCGGAGGCCCGUCCGGCCGAACCAGACCGGCGGCGGGCGGCGGGGAAGGGGAAGGGACGGGCCGCAGCUCCCCUGCGAUCGCGCGGCGCCUGCAUCUUUCCUGGAGCGGCGCACGUGGCCCUCGGCGUCCCUGGGGAGCUGCCGGCCCUCCCGCCCCCAGGGAACGCCCCGCCGGCUGGGCGAAGACAAUGUGGGUCCCUGUGCGGUCCGGGCCCCGCCCUGCAGGCCCUCCCCCUCUCCUCCCUUCGCCCCUCCCAGCUGAGCUCCCCUCCGCCUGAUGGGGGGUGACAGCUGCAAUUAGAGGCAGGCCGCCUUCCUGCCUUCCAAGCAUUAACAGCAAAUUGGAGGAGAAAAAUAACCAGAGGGGCUCUGCCUGCAUCCUGGACCCCUGGAGACCAGGAUCAGGGAGGGAGGAGGCUUACAUGCCCCAGCUGCAGUUGGGGCCAGGGAGGGUCACUCUCAGACUCCCACUCAGUCACACAGGAGACCUUUAGUUCUUGGUGGCGGAAGCUUCAAGACAUUAGGUGCUAAUUUUAUUUAUUUUCUCCAGGGCUUGCUCUUUGCCAGGCAGGGUGCACAACCAUGCCUUUCAGACUUGAGAAUGACCCUAUGAAGUAUUGUCCUCCCCAGUAAAUCCGUGGAGGCUCUUGGGGGAUCACAGAGGCUGCCCCCCAAUCAGGCUUCUAGCUAAUGGAAGAAUCAGGAUCUGAAACAGGAUUGUCUGGCUGCAAAACGGCCUUUUCUACUCUCCUUGGAGUUUGCCAGGCGAGCCAGCCCUUUCUGCAGGAGCAAGGCCCCUGCUCUCGUCCUUUCUGCCUCCCCAGGGAACUGGGAUAGUUCAGUGCCGGGUGAAGGCCCAUUGGCUGUGGCUGCCUUGCUGGGAGUGCUGCGGUGUGCAUGUGUUCAAAGCGUGUGUGUGUGUGUGUGUGUGUGUGUGAAGGUUCCUCCCACUGGGCAGUGGUGAAGUCACCAAGCGCUCAAUCUGGAAUGAUUCUACAGGAAACCAAGUCCCUCUUGGCCAUUCGUCUAUGACUCAUCAGUUUUGUAGACUGGUCAUUGCAAUCCAGACCAACUGAACAAAACUUUAUGGAACACCUCCUGGUGCCAGGCACUGGGACAGGGACUAAAAACAGCAAGGAAAAGGACCCAGUUCCUGGCUCAAGGGGUUCAGCGAAAAGAAGCAACCCAUCGGUUAACCAGAAGGGAGCCAAGGGAAUGAAAACUCACUUGAACUCAGGCUGGAACAAAACAAUGAGGAGUGACAUUUGCCACCAACAGAACUCAACAGGGGUCGGGGACUGCCAUCUUUGGUUCUCAUUUCCUUCUCACCCCACUCUGGAAGUGGCUGCUGAUACUCUUACUUUACAUGGAGACGCUCCGAGAAGUCAAGCAACUUGCCCAAGGUCACAGCGGCAAAGCUGGGAUUGAAAUGGUCCCCGAUAGACUUCCAGCCUUGUGCUUUCACGCUAUCCCACAAAGGGUCCGUUUCUGCUCUAAAAGCCAAGUCAAGAGGAACAACAACAAAACCUGUCCUCCCCAUAUUAUCCAUGCAUGGAUAAUAAAUGGAAUGCGCACUGUCCGGUGGGGGAAUUUUGCCCUAGUCUUGACUGGGCUGGUGUAAUGCCCUCAUCUCUAGGUCAUGCUUUGCUAAUGAAAGACUAUGGCCAAUUCAUUUACACACACACACACACACACACACCACCACCACCACCACCACCACUAGUUUUUCGUUUUCCUCCUUUUUCUCGGCUUUUGUUGUGACAGGAUGGAGACUGUAUUUCACGGAAGCUGAGGGGAGAGGUGAAUGCGAAUGCCUGGGGCCUAAGCGAUGCUGGAAAGUGUAGGGGUGGGGAGCAGCGGGAGAGGGGGAGGUAGUGGAAGUAAGCAGAGGGAAAUUGACAGCUUAAUUCUGCCCCUGGGGCUCAUUUUAUGGUUAAUUAGGACAUGCAAAUAAGCUGGAAGCUCAUUUAAUACUCUCCCUGGCAUGGAGCCCCACCUCACACCUGGCCCACUUCCCUGGCAGGUAGAGGGGCCCCUUGAUUGGCCCAGGGAUCCGCUCAGGCCCCCACCUGCUUCUCUGUGGCUCUGUGGCCGGAGUGUGUCCCUAGAUGUUCCCCGACCACAGCGGGAGCUAGAAGAGUCCUUGCCGGGCCUGCCUGGUUUCCCUCCUUCCUUUCUCUUUCCAACCCUUCAGGGCUGGGACCCCUCUUUCCUAGAGGCCCCCCCCUCCAGAAGCACUUCCCCUGUACCCACCCCUCAGGUUGAGAUCUGAACCCAAACUUGCCCAGAGGAAUAGAGACCUGGUUCCGCUCUGUCCCCAAGACAUCCUCCUUGCUCCCCAUCGGGGAGGGGGCACCCCAUCUUUCUCAAGUCACACCAUUUCCUACAGGGCCUCCAUAAAAGCAAAAGCACAGCUGUGACUUCCGGUAGCAGGGGCCGGUCUCCAGCUUUCAAUGCACCUCAGGUCACCAUCCCCCGUUCCCCACCCAGAGCAGUUAAGGCACUUCUGCCAGUAACACAGAAUGAGCACUGGAUUUGGAGUCCAACAGGAUAUGAGACCCAUUUCUGUCCCUGUCAGCUUGAGUAUGUCGCUUGACCUCUCUGAGCCUCAUUUUUCUGGUCUACGACAUGGGGAUAAUGCAGGGCUGCUGGAGAUUUAAAGGACUUAAUGCACACAGUCUAGAACACAGCAGAAGCUCUCUACUGGACCACCUGACCUUAGUUCAGGCACUAACCAUGUGAACCAGAGCUAAACCGCUAGAAACAAAACAAAACAAAACAAAAACAACAACAAAAACUUUCUUUGGGGCUUGGUUUCCUCUUCUGUUAAAAAAAUGAACACUGGCCCUAUUAUCUCACCAGAUUGUAGCAAGGAUCAGAGAAGACAAUAGGUUAGAGAAACCUAUUGUCUUCUCUACAAUGUUUUUGUACAUUGUAAAAAUAUAACCCAGGUGGGCUGUUAUUUGCCAAAUGGCAAACACACUUUCUCAUAGAGGAUGACCUGAGUGGGGGCCGGUGGGGGGAUGGAGAGGGCAGCAGGGGGGCUGAGCUCAGUGCUUGAGGACCCCAGUGCCUGAGGAUGCGCUGUAAGGAGCACUGCCACCCCUCUGUCCCUCCCAGUCCCACUGUCCCCAGCAGUCCCUCACAGUCAACACACAGGCCCUCACAUUCCUGGCAAGGGCUGGAGAGUUGAAUGAGCCAAGUUCUGAAGGCUUUGAGCAGAGUCCAGCCCCUGAUCUGCUCUCUGCUCUUUAAGGCCUUGGGCCCUAGAGUCCCUGCCAAGCUCCACACCUCACCCCCUAUCAUCACCCAGUCACCCUGGGGACGAAUGGCCUAAAGGUGCUAGCAGCUGUCCUGCUAGGAUCCACUCCCCCCCCCCCCAUGGGGCUGGAGGUGCCCUGAAACCCUCUCUCACAGGAGGUCUCAGGGCUCAGGACGGUGCAGAUGGAGGAAGGGCCUGGUAGAUCCAGAGGACAGGGCAAGAUAAGGACCUCAGACUGUAGUCACCCCCUUGGUACUUUUUUUUUUUUAAUUUGUAUUUAUUUUUCAACCAAGCUUUACACCCAACGUGGGGCUUGAACUGAGUACCCUGAGAUCCAGAGCCGCAUGGUCUACUGACUGAGCCAGCCAGGCGUCCCAGACAGCAGUCACCCCUUGGUACUGGUAUUAGGAUGUCCCUGCCUCCCUCUUGCCUUCUCCACCCAAUCCUUAAAACAAAGAGGAUGAGAACUCUCCCAGACUCACCCUGACUCUGGUAAAGGACUUCGUGCCUGUUCCUCUCCCUGCGCCCUUCAAUCAGUCGGGACAUGCCCUCUGCCUGCCACCUCCAAGCUCCAGAUGUUCACCCCCAAAUUCUGCCACGUGUGCACACGGGGGUCACAGUGAAGUCAGCCUUGCCUGAAACAUCCCAGAGUCCACAUUCUGUCCCCUCCUGAGCCCUCGUCUUUCCUCCUCCCCUUCUAGCCGCCCCCCACCCCCAAGGAAUCUUCGUGUUUCUGGUCAGAAAGGCCUCUGAGGAACACUAGGGCAGGGAGCCCUUCUGGGGGUGCCCACCCCUCUACACAGUGCUUGGGGCAGACAAACUUGGACAGGGGACUGUGAGACUUGCAGUUUCUGGCGCCCCUUGGUGGGGCCGUGGGUGCAGGAGGGAGCAGAUCUCCUGCUCCAUGUGCUAAGGCCUCAGGCCACAGCUGCCGCACUCCCUGGCUUCCAGGCCACAGAACCCAUUCUCUCCAGAUCUGCCCCUCUGGGCAUGGCGCACGAGAUGACCACCCCAUUCCAGGGACCUAGGAGUCACUGCCAAAAAUCACCUCUGGCAUGCUCAGCACCCCCACCCUCCCCUGCCCGGGACCCAGCCUUGGGCUGUCCUCCCUGGCUGCUUCCUGCCCUCUCCAGUCCCAGAAAGAAGGCCCCUGGCUGCCUCCAACUGGUCAAGGAGGGGGGUUCAGACCCAGCAGAGGCCCCCAACUGAGGCUGCCGGCUGGCUCUCAGGGGCACUGCUUGGGGAGGGGGGAGAGGGGGUCUCCCUCCAAGGGAAGAGUCGGCUUUUGUCUUCUUGUUUCUGGCUCUGCUGUCACCCCACCUUUCCCUUUCCUGCCAUGCCUCUCCCAUAGCCCUCUUCCUCACCUCCUCCUGACCGAGGCUAUGCUAGGGCUGCAGGGAAAUGCUGCCCACAGGCGGGAGCACAGGGGAGGGGAAGGAAAUGUCUUCAAGGUACUGUGACUUACCCUCAGCUGGCUUCGCUUUCCUAGGUGUCUGGAGGCCCAGCCCUGCCCAGUCAGACCCUGGGGUUCCUUCAGGGAGGUGUGCUACUGAGCGCUCCACGUAUGGGCUCUUGGCCUCUAGGUCUUUCCAUAGGCUGUUCUCGGAGACUCCAGGUUCCCCAAGGCCUGAGGCUGGCCUUUCACUCAGCUUUCCCUGCGGUUUAAAGGGCACCUCCUCUGUGAAGCCCUCCCCAGGUGCCUCACCUGCACCUGUAUACCCCCCCCGCCCCCGCAGGACCUGCUUUUAAUUAAAAUUGCUUUUGUGCACGGUCAUCUCCCCUUCUAGAUCGUGAGCCCCUCUAGGGUGGCAAGUGCUCAUUACUCAUCUCCGUAUCUCCAGUAUGGAGCACAGGGCAAUUGGUGUGACCAUGACCGCUCGUCGUCAGGGGGAGCCCUCCGCCGAGCCCGGCUCCUGCGUCUGGAAGGCCGGAGGUCCAGGCCUCUUCAGCGGCUCCCAAGGCCCACUUUCAGGACGGCUGACCCACCCCUUCCUAGCCCCGUGCCCCAGCUGUGCUGCAGUCCCCUCUGUGCCACCUGUUACUUUGGCUUCUCCACCCUCGCUUCCCAGGCCGCUUUUGUUCUCCUGCAGGCUGCCUGGGGGCCUCCAUGUCAUUGGGCCCUUGCGAUGGCUGCCACAGCCCCUUCUCUCCCAGGCCUGAUCCGUCCCCAGUGGGUUCCCAUUUCCCACCCAGAGGCAUCGCUUUUACCGCAGCCUCCAAACUGUCCCCCUUUCCGCCUGUGCCCUUUCCACCAGUCUUGCCGACCUGGCUCAUCUCCUUGUCCAUUUUGGCAACGAGAUCUGGCGCCAGACUUACUACCCAAGGAGUUUUUCCUAAACUGCCUUGCCAGGGCUCCCCACCCCUCCUGGGGACAUUGAGUCUGCUAGAUUCUCCUUCCCCCAUUGUGAUUAUGGAGGGUCAGUCAGGGCGGGGCAGCGGGAAAGGAAGCCAAGAGUUGGGUGUUCAGGCUUCCCUACCUCCAGCCCCGCUACUGGCCACGCUCCAGGCAUUGUCUCUGGGGGACUGAGCUGCCCACGAGGCAGCACUUAUAGUCAUUUGUGUCAGGUGGUGGGAAAGGGGAGGGUACCAGGCAUACUUUUUUUUUUUUAAAGCAAAAAAUCCCCCAGAGAUUCUUCCCAAUGGGCCAAGUGCAGCACCUGAAAUCCCUAUACGGAUUCGGGCUGGGAACUUGGGCCCAGAAGGCCGGCGGGCCUGCGAGCACUCACGCAGCCUGCUGCUCGCACUGCCAAGCGCAGGGGCGGCCCCGGAGCCUGCUCAUUAUCACGGGCAGCCCUGGGCCAGACGGACUUAGGCAGGAGUUAGAAUCCCUGGUCUGAGGUUCCAAGCAUCUGUUAAGAUAAGUCCAUUUAUAUAGCAGAAAAUAAGGGUUUAGGCUCUGCCUCUGAGAGUUCAAGGACCCAAAGAAUUCCAAAUCCCCUGGCCUUGGCUUUAGGACCCUCCUGGGGGUAUGGGGAUCAAAUAUCUUCUUUAAACUUCUCCAUUAAAUAUAUCCCCUCCUGGGAAAGGCAGGCAGAGCCCAGUGCCUGUCCCACAACUCCAUGCCCUCUUUUCCCAACUUGGGAAGCCUGCAUGUUUAGCACCCCCUGAAUCCCAGCGGCUCUUUCAAAUUCCCCAGCCCACCCCACUGGGGACACUGGUAACGCCAGGGUCAGGGCGGACGGGGGCUACAGUGUGGCCUGUGCCUCUCCUCUCACCCACAAGGGAAGGCCUGGGUGAUGGGACCUUGGUGGGAAAGCUGGCAGCUACCCAACAGGGUGAAUAAAG